UAGAAGCUGAGGAUGGAGCAGAGGAGGAGAAGAGCCGCCGCUGUCUCACACCUCUGAAUCAUCCAUCGCCCUCCCUCGAUGCAGAGACCCGCUGGCACUUCCUCUUCGUCUCUAUUCUGUAUGGCGCUUUUCUAUUCACCCCGCCGCUGACACCGCUCCACGUCCCCCGUCCGUCCGCCUGUCAGCAUCACACCGGCUGCGACCGCCUCCUGAAGAAAACCCACAACACCUUCUCCAGGAUAGCCACCGCUACAACCAACAUGGAUGAGGAGAAUCACGUUCCCGAGGAUCUGUCCCUGGAGGAGAGGGAUGAGCUGUCAAACAUCCGACGCAGGAAGAGGGAGCUGCUCGAUGAUAUUGAGAGGUUGAAGUUUGAGAUCGCAGAGGUCAUGACGGAGAUCGAGCAGCUGACGUGUGUCGGAGAGAGUAAAACAACACAGAGAAACAAACAGAUCGCCAUGGGUCGGAAGAAAUUCAACAUGGACCCAAAGAAAGGAAUCCAGUUCCUGGUGGAGAACGACCUUCUGCAGCACACUCCCGAAGACGUCUCCCAGUUCCUCUACAAAGGCGAGGGCCUCAACAAGACCAUGAUUGGAGACUACUUAGGCGAACGAGAUGACUUCAACCUCAAGGUGCUGGCGGCCUUUGUGGAGCUGCACGAGUUUGCCGACCUCAACCUGGUCCAAGCUCUACGGCAGUUUCUGUGGAGUUUCCGUUUGCCGGGUGAAGCCCAGAAGAUCGACCGCAUGAUGGAGUCGUUUGCCUCUCGGUACUGUCAGUGCAACCCCGGGGUCUUCCAGUCCACAGAUACCUGCUACGUGUUGUCGUUUGCGAUCAUCAUGCUGAACACCAGCCUACACAACCCCAACGUCAGAGACAAGCCCCCUGUGGAGCGCUUCAUCUCCAUGAACAGGGGCAUUAAUGAAGGAGGAGAUCUGCCGGAAGAGCUUCUCAGGAACCUUUACGACAGCAUCAAAAACGAGCCCUUCAAAAUCCCAGAGGAUGAUGGGAACGACCUGACGCACACAUUCUUCAACCCUGACAGAGAAGGAUGGCUCCUGAAGCUCGGCGGCCGUGUGAAGACGUGGAAGAGGAGGUGGUUCAUUCUGACUGACAACUGCCUCUACUACUUUGAAUACACAACAGAUAAAGAGCCUCGUGGGAUUAUUCCUCUGGAGAACCUCAGUAUCAGAGAGGUGGACGAGCCAAGGAAGACUAACUGCUUUGAGCUCUACAACCCAAACCACAAAGGUCAGGUGAUCAAGGCCUGCAAGACGGAGGCGGACGGGCGGGUCGUGGAGGGCAACCACGUGGUGUACCGGAUAUCGGCCCCCACGCCGGAGGAGAAGGAGGAGUGGAUCAAAUCCAUCAAAGCGAGCAUCAGCAGGGAUCCUUUCUACGACAUGCUGGCCACCAGGAAGAAGAGGAUAGCGAAUAAGAAAUGAUGUCCGCCCGCGCUCCACAUCCUCCUCGUCUUCAUCACUGCCCUCUCUGUGACCAGCACGGCCCCAGGAGACACAGGUGGGAGAUGGGGUCAAGCUUGUUUGGGAGCCGUGGAUCGUCUGCACGUCAGAUCAGAGCCGAGGCGAAGGUGUAGCUGGAGAAUAAAGGACCUGCAGGAUCUUCACCAAGCUGGAUGUUCACUGAGGACCAGUUUACAGGCGGAGCGGCCACGGCUGGAGUCAUAGGACAUUUUUGCGUAAUGUGUCUGUGGCACUGCUUCCCUCUGCUGGACAUGUGUGGAACCACAUCUCGUGCACAACAAAUGCACGGGCAGGAUGUAAAACCUGAAUCCCUCUGGUCUCUCCACCUGGUGAGGUCGGUCACCUCCAGACACCAACAUUUCGUUUUUCCGUGGACUACGGAAAGCCUGGAGUUUUUAAAUCAGCUGGUCUGAUUGUUGUGUAUCUGUAAAUGCAAACUUACUGAUUUAACCAAGAAAAUGACAGCCAGGCUCAUAUUCGUCUGUAAUUAAGCGUGUGCCACCUCAUUCCCUCUUUGAAAACGAAGAUGCAAACGAUUCAGGGGAAAUGGCACCACACACAUACUUAGAGGAAUGACCCUUUCAAGUGGCCACUGUUGCAUCAUAUAUAUUAGUUCUGUACCGUUACAUAUUGAAGAUGCAUCUCUCUGUUCAUUUCUUUUGUAUUUAUUUGCUUAUUGUUUUUAACAAAAGAGGCAGCCCAAGACUCAUUACAUUAUGCAUGUAUAAUAUAUAAUGUACAUACCGUUUUUGUAUUUCUUUCUUUGUUGUAUUUAUGUAGCAUGUCAGACAUAACAGCCAUAGCCUGUACCCGUUCACCUUUUAGUUCAACAGUUUAUAGUAGUGGAAGUGGCACCUUGUACGGAGCAGUGAAGUCUCCUCACACUGUGUUUUUACUGAAGAGAUCAGAUAAUGUGAUGAUUCAUGAGAAACUCACAUUACAGAGAAACCUUAUGGUGUCUCCCCCCCCAUCUUUAUUCAAGAGUGUGUUCUUUCAGUUUGUGAGCGGGUCUAUUUCUCAGAUUUCGUAAUGCGCUCAUUCAAAAUUCUGCACUUAUACUCAAACGUUCCCUUCCUUCAAGCUUCAGCUCUUGCUCCUGUUCUCUCGGAUUUCUAGUCUGUCCCAACCAACAAUGCCAGCUGUGGUGGGGAGAAGAAAAUAUAACAGCGCCUAUUUUAUUUUUUUUAUAGUCGCUAGUCACCGUUUAGAAAACAAAAAUAACUUGACAUCCUUGAUUUUGCUGCUCCACGUUGACCAGAGAUCUGCUGGACUCCUUCUCAAUGAAGGGCGGGACAACUUCACUCAUAGUAACUACACCUGGCAUUCUAUUGGUUAGGGAAGUGGACUAUAAAUAGACUUGUUGCACAAUAACAUCCAAGCACAAGCAGGGAGCUAUUUGAUUGUGAGCGCAUGGUUUUGACAGAGAGCGUUCCAAAAUCUGAACAUGAAAUCAAUAAGUCCUGCUCUCAAAUAUGACACUCUUGAAAUAAGAUAGGAGAAAAAAAAUAACAUACUCGCAGGACAUGGUAAGUUAAAAAAAAACAAAAUACGUGCAGAACGUGAAUGCUGACUGGAAUCCCAAGGUCCAUCACACAGAGCCACAUUGUUUUGGUGCAGGUUCCCGGUUUGCUUUUGGGUAAACCGCUCAUUUGAAGACGUUGUAUUAAAAACACAUGCUGAUCAGUGAA